UGUUCAGUCAGCAGCGUGCCGCGGCAGGGCCAUGGCGCCUCUCGUGGGGACCGGUGUGACGCACCGCGAGGGUGACCAUCACCACCUCCAGCAGCAGCAGCAGCAGGGGAUGGAGAUGCGCGUGCAGCGGCCCGUGUUCCAGCAGGACGACGUAGACCGCGCCUUCGGCUACGGAAAGAAGCCCCGGCCAGGGUGGUGGCGGCGCCAGGGCGCAUGCAGCGCGGCGCGCGCCGGUAGGCUCCUGGCUGCCAGGGUCCCCGCCGUGGCGUGGCUUGCCGGCUACGACUGGAGACGCGACCUCCCCGGGGACCUGGUGGCCGGCGCCACUGUCGCCAUCAUGCACGUACCGCAGGGCAUGGCGUACGCGCUGCUCGGCGGGGUGCCGCCCAUCACGGGCAUCCACAUGGCGUUCUACCCCGUGCUGGUGUACGCGCUGCUGGGCACCUCGCGCCACAUCUCGGUGGGCACCUUCGCCGUCGUGUGCCUCAUGACCGGGACCUCGGUCGCCGCGCACGCGGACCAGUACGACUCUCUCGAGGUGGCGUCGGCCGUGUCCUUCCUGGUGGGCUGCUACAUGCUCAUCAUGGCCGUGUUCAGGCUUGGCGCACUGUCCAACCUGUUGUCAGACCCUCUGGUGUCCGGGUUCAGCGCCGGAGCCGCCUUCCACGCCUUCACAUCUCAGCUGAAGGACGUCAUCGGCGUGCAGCUGCCAGGACGCCGUGGUGCCUUCAACGUGCCCCUCGUCUUCUACGACCUGGCCCUGGCCGUGCCGCGCACCAACCUGAGCGCGCUCGCCGUGUCCGCAGUGGCCAUGACCGUGCUGUCCGUCAACAACGAGGUCGUCAAGCCCUGGGCGGCCAAGCGCUGCUCGUUGCCCGUCCCCAUCGAGUUACUCGUCGUGGUCCUGGCCAGCCUGGUGGGCGCGCUCACCCCGCUGUUCGAGGAGCUGCGAACCAUCGGCCACAUCCCCACUGGGCUGCAGGUGCCGCGGCUGCCGCCCCUGGAACUACUUCCGCUGGUGGCUGUGGACGCCUUGACGGUGGCCGUGGUGGCGUACGUGAUCGCGCUGUCACUGGCGCUGCUGUUCGCGGGCCGAGAGGGCUACGAGGUGGACGCCAACCAGGAGCUGAGCGCGCUGGGCGCCGCCUCGCUGGUGGGCUCACUGUUCGCCUGCAUCCCGGUGUCCGCCAGCCCGUCGCGCUCCUCGCUGCAGGUCGCCGUCGGCGGCCGCACCCAGCUGGCCUCCGUCGUGUCCUGCGCCGGCCUGCUCGUCGUCCUGCUGUGGGCCGGACCCUUCUUCGAGACACUGCCCCGCUGCGUGCUCGCCAGCAUUAUUUUGGUCGCGCUCAAGCCCAUGCUCGUGCAGACAGCAGAUGUGGUGCGGUUCUGGCGCCUGUCGCGGUUGGACGGCUCGCUGUGGCUGCUCACCUUCCUGACCGUGGUGCUCGUGGACCUCGACAUCGGCCUGGCCGCGGGGCUGGCCGCCUCGGUGCUGCUCCUGUUCGCGCAGGCGGCCACGCCGUACACCUGCACGCUGCAGCCCUUGCCGGCCACCAACAUCUACGUGGACACGCGCCGCUACGCCUCCACCGUGCAGCUCAGGGGCAUCCAGAUCCUUCAAUUUAACGGUGUUCUCAACUUUGCGUCCCAAGGCCACCUCAAAACGGCGGUGAGGCGCCUGUUGCCGGCCUCCGACGUCACCACGCACACCCUCAUCCUGGACCUGGGCGCCGUGGUGCGCGUCGACCCGGCCGGGGUGGGCGCCCUGCGCGGCCUGCAGCGCGACCUCGUCGUGCGCGGCGUCACCGUCGUCCUGGCCGGCGCCAACGCGCGCGUCGUCAGUGCCCUGCGGCGCUGUUGCGGCGUCCUUGACGCCGUCGCCAUGCUGACCUUCCCCACCGUGCACGACGCCGUCGUCUACACCGAGAGCGUGGCCCUGGCCGCGUCCCCGCUGGCCCUGCUGUAGCAAAAACCCGAGUUGAAACGCUCGAGCCGACAGAGCGCAUGGCGGCGCCGCCGUCUCGGAAUCGCCACUCCAACUUCAUGGGACGCUGCGAGUUUUGCACCUUAGGGCCUCCUCCACGCAGAACCAGUUGAACAAAAGCAAGGGCAGCGGCAGCAGCCCUGCCGAGGGAUCGACCGUUCUGCCUGUCAUUAGAAACAGCCGUGAACAUUCGCGCACUUCACUCUGUUCGCCCCGCAGCAGCCCCAGCAGGCCGGGCACAACAACACAGAUCAGGCGCACGUCGUUCAGCAAAGCGUUAGCAGUAAAAGCCAACGGCAACACGGCGCGCUCAAAGGGCCUGGGAGCCUGACUAAUCAAACCAGCGCUCUCUGCCCCGUCUGCCCC